CAUCCAACCAGAGCCUGAAAAAAAAACACCAAACGCCCCUCUCUCAUCUCCACGUUUUCAACCAUCCCUCAUAAAAGAAUCCCAACCCACGGGCAGAGAAGAAGAAGGAGAGAUCUGUCUUUCUGCUUUUGGGGGAAAAAGAGAGAACGAAGGAGGUGGGGGUAAUUUUCUACUGUGCGCUAGGAUGGCGAAGGAUCUUACCCUGCGCACCCUCUUCUUCCUCCUCUGCUUGGUGGGCCUUCCUUCGAGCCGGGCCGUAUGGUUGACCGUCCCUGCUUCUGGAACCAAGUGCGUAUCGGAGGAAAUCCAGACCAACGUCGUCGUCUUGGCUGAAUACAGCGUCAUCCCCUCUGACGACCGUUCGCAUCAGAUGCCCACCAUUUCCGCCAAGGUGACGUCCCCAUACGGAAACACACUUCAUCACCAAGAAAAUGCGACGGUAGGUCAAUUUGCAUUUACAACGACUGAGGCUGGUAACUACCUCGCAUGUUUCUGGGUGGAUAACUAUCAUCAAGGGGCAAUAGAAGCAGUUGUCAACAUCGACUGGAAAAAUGGAAUUGCAGCAAGGGACUGGGAUUCCGUUGCAAAAAGAGAGAGGAUCGAGGGUGUUGAGCUUGAGCUGAAGAAACUAGAAGGGGCAGUGGAAGCCAUCCAUGAAAAUUUAUUGUAUCUCAGAAGCAGGGAAGCGGAUAUGAGGAUAGUGAGCGAGAAGACAAAUGCAAGAGUUGCAUGGUUCAGUGUCAUGUCCUUGGGUGUCUGCAUAGGGGCUUCGGCCUUCCAAUUGUGGUACUUGAAGCGUUUCUUUCAAAAGAAGAAGCUCAUUUAAAUUACUGUGGACUGUGACCCUUCAUGUGAAAUUCUCAGUUUAAUUUAAUUACGACUUCAAAAACCCAUUUAUCUUCCUGUAAUCAGAAUCGUGUAGGGAAGAAUUUUGAGCAGGGAUAGAAUUUCUGGCCACCUGUGGAUAACAAAAAUUAUGCGCGUGAAAUUUUGGGUAAUGCAGGUUCUGUAUUUUGCCAGUUA